CAGCUUCAAGCCAGUGUCGAGGCAGUGUCCCCUUAAUCACUCCAUUAGGAUAUUUCCCCAAACAUCAGAGGAAGUGUCUUCUUAUCAUGUCAUUGUCUCUUCCCGGACCUUCCCAGGCGGGUCUCUUUAAGCCUGGGUACCAGAGCCACGAUGCCGAAGAUGGUGCCGUUAUUCGCAACAUCGAAGCCUGCCAGGCUAUUGCUCAGACUGUCCUGACGUCGUUGGGCCCUUACGGUCGCAACAAAAUUGUCAUCAACCAUCUGCAGAAAAUGAUCCUUACCUCGGAUGCGGCUACUAUUCUGCGUGAGUUGGAGGUUGUGCACCCCGCAGCCAAACUGCUGGUGAUGGCCAGUCAACAACAGGAUCAGGAGAUGGGAGAUGGCACCAACUUGGUCAUUGUCCUCGCAGGAGAAUUGUUGAAGAAGGCCGAGGAGUUGCUGCGCAUGGGCCUGAAAACGAGUGAUAUUGUUCAGGGCUACGAGAAGGCACAGAACUUUGCUCUCAAGACGCUAGAAGAUCUCGAGGUCGACCGCCUUCAAGAACUCCGCUCUCAGACUGAGCUCACCAAGGCUCUCCGCACAGUUGUCGCUAGCAAGCAGUCCGGAACCGAAGACCUUCUGGCCUCUCUGGUUGCGGAGGCUGUUCUUGCUGUCCUCCCCAAGAACCCCGCCAACUUCAAUGUCGAUAAUGUUCGUGUCGUCAAGAUCAUGGGAGGUAGCUUGGAGCAGUCGCGUGUGAUUAAGGGUAUGGUCCUAGGCAGAGAGCCCGAUGGCGUGAUCAAGAAGGCUACCAAGGCCAAAGUUGGCGUCUUCAGUUGCCCUAUCGAUAUUUCUCAGACUGAGACCAAGGGUACCGUGCUAUUGAAGAACGCGCAGGAAAUGCUGGACUUCACGAAGGGGGAGGAGGAGCGUCUGGAGGCGGCUAUCAAGGAGCUCUACGACUCUGGUCUACGAGUGGUCGUCUGUGGUUCCACCGUUGGUGACCUUGCCAUGCACUUCCUGAACCGUUUCAACAUUCUUGUGAUCAAGAUUCUUUCUAAGUUCGAGUUACGCCGACUGUGCCGUGUUGUGGGCGCUACCCCCCUCGCUCGUCUCGGUGCCCCGAUGCCUGACGAGAUGGGUAGCAUCGAUGUUGUGGAGACUACUGAAAUCGGCGGUGACCGCGUGACCGUUUUCCGUCAAGAGGACGCCAAUGCAGUUACUCGCACAUCCACAAUUGUCUUGCGCGGAGCCACUCAGAACCAUCUUGAUGAUGUUGAGCGUGCCAUCGACGAUGGUGUUAACGCAGUCAAAGCUAUCACUAAGGACCCUCGUCUGGUCCCUGGUGCCGGCGCCACUGAAACCCAACUUGUAGAGAGAAUCUCUGCCUUCGCUGACAAGACUCCUGGGUUACCCCAGCAUGCUAUUCGCAAGUAUGCUGAAGCGUUUGAGGUUAUUCCUCGUACUUUGGCAGAGUCGGCUGGUUUGGACGCUACUGAGGUUCUGUCCCGCCUUUACACCGCACACCACCAGUCCUCCAACAACGACGUGUCUGCGGAGGAAUCUUCGGCAGAGGAGGGGAGUGCUGAGAAGGAUGAGCCUUUCUGGACCACAGGUGUGGACUUGGAGGCUAGCUCUUCCGCUGGAACCCUUGACGCCGUCGAAGAGGGCAUUCUGGACCUGCUGGCUUCCAAAAGCUGGGCUAUUCGCCUUGCCAGCGAGGCCGCACGGACGGUGCUCAGUGUUGACCAGAUCAUUGUUGCCCGACAGGCUGGUGGCCCUAAGCCACCGGGACCUAACCCCAACUGGGAUGAGGAUUAAAUGUAAUAUUCAGGAGAAUGUGAUAUCCAUUGGAGGCACAAAAGCACGGAAUGUGAUAGAGACACGAUAAUCAUGAAAAGUCCAUUGACAAUCUCAGGCACAUUUGUUGAUCAUAGGCUUUAAAUCAAGUGGC